AAUGUGCUCUGCGUUUUCAACUUUACAUCACAAAUUUCACAAUAUUUUGGAAAAAGUCAAGCGAUUUCCCCUUGAAAACGUGGAAAAAUUGACCUUGAAGGAAUCUCAUGAUGUGGGGAGCUGGACACCCACAGCAAUGGUGGCCUGCAAAUUACAUGUAUGCUGGUAUGGAGCAACAAGGCUCGGCAGAAGGGUGGGCGGCAAGAGCAGCAUUGUGGGCUCAACAGCGUCAUGUGGAACAGCACUAUGCCCAACAGUAUCAACAACAACAACAAGUAGACCAACAACAUCCACAGCAAGCAUUUCCCCCUCUUCCUCCUGAAAAUACACCACCUCUCCCCCCAGAAAAUGUCCCACAUGCACCCCAUCUCCCUGAUAACCCACCUGUUCCUCACCCCCCGGGUGAACCACCCACGUCAGACUUUCAUGAUAGCGACCUGGAGGGUGGAGAAAAUGACCAGUUGUAUCCCCCUGGGGAAGACCCCGGCCCUGAGCUUCGCAAAGAUGAGACAUCGGACAACAUUGAGGUGGCCCCCAUGGAGGAGGAUGAUAUUGGCCAACCAGAACAUCAGAACCAGCAAGAUCACCAUGGUGAUAGUCACCACAGUGAUAGUCAUCACCAUGACGAUCAGAAUAAGAAUAACCAUGCUGUUCACUAUGAUAACCAUCCUCAGAAAGAAUUUCAUGGUCAACAACAUGCCAAUCAAUUUGAGAAUUAUGACCAUCAAGUACCACAGCCAUAUGGUAACCAUCAUCACCAUCAAGGACACUACCAACCUCCACCAGCAGAACCCCAUAGUGGCUUUCCACAAGAACACUACCCCAGUGAUGGUCAGUUUCAGAACUUCAACCACGGUGCGGCAGCGCAUCAACCAUUUCAAGCAGAGGAAAGCAACUACCAACAGUAUGAUUACAACAACCAGCAGGCUUAUGGUCAUUUUGACCAGUAUGAACAAGGUAGGCAACAGGAGUACCAGCCACAGCCAAAACCACUGUUACAAACAGAGAUACCCAUCAGCAGUCUGCCAAGCCAUGUUGUUCAAACUGAAUCAGAAACUGUGAAACGCAAGGCUAUCCCUCAGUGGAUACGAGAGGCGUUAGAGAAACGAGAGAAAGAUAAACAGAAGCAGCUGGCGAAACAGCAUGAGGAUGAGAGUGCUCCAGUUGUUAAACAGGAGGAUGUUGAAGUGGAUAAAAAAGAUGAAGUGAAAGAAGAAGAAGUUGAGCCAGAGGAAAAGAAGCCAUUCUUUAAAAUCAAGAAAAGAAAGUCCAGAUUCGCUCCACAGUCGGACAGCGAGGGAGAGAGCGAGAAAGCUAAGGACAAGUCAAGAAAGAAGAAGUCAGAUGAUGAACGAUCGCCAAGAAAACAUCGCUCAGAAGAGGAAGAUAACUGGAAGUCAGAGGAGGACAAACAGAAGGAAAAGCUAAUCAAGGUACGGAAAAUGUUGACAGAUGUCUUAUUAACGGUAACGGGCGAAGAGAUAAAAGCAGUUGCACGUGAAACUUUAGCUGCUAGAAAAGCUUCACGGCUCUCUUCGUCCUAUGGUUCUAGUGCAAAGCUGAGUGGGAGUCGAGGCCUUGUUCAAUACGAUCGAGGUUCUGGUUCUGACUCGUCCAGUGAAGAAAAUAACGACGUCAACAAAUAUGAUGAACAAGAUGGGGGGAAAAGUGGCGGGAAAAUGAGCGAAUCUCGCGCUCUGGAGGAUGGAACAAAAGAGCGCGAUAAAAAAGACAAGAAGCGUCGGAAGUCGAAACAUGAGAAACACGAGAAAUCGUCCAGUAAUCGGGAUAAGUCGUCUCGGCGAAAGAAAAAGCCAAAUCAAAGUCGUGAGCCAUCGUAUGAUAGUCGGGAUGAAACUUCUCAUAAAAGGGAUAAAUCAAAAAGUCGGGAGAAGUCGUCAGGUCAUGAUCGAGAGAAGUCGCCUAGUCGAAAAGAUCGGUCGCCUGAUGACCGGGAUAGGUCGUCUUAUAGUCGGGAUGAUUCGCCUAGCGCUCGAGAAAAAAGUUCGCGCGGGAAAGGUAAGUCCUCCCAUAAGACGAGCAAAAAAAGGAAGCGAUCAUCACAUAGUCGAGAAAGAUCGCCUGAGAGUCGAGAACACUCGCCAGCAGGUGAGAGUAAGUCUGCUAGAAAAAAGAAUAAGUCGGGCAAAGAUCGGGAUAUAUCGCCUCAGAGUCGAGAACAUUCUCCGUCUGUCGAAAAUAGCAAGUCAAAGAAGCAUAAAUCUGGUAAAAGUAAAGAUAGGUCAUCACCAAGCAGGGAUGCGUCUCCUGAGACUCAGGAAGAAACGUACAAGAGCAAAGACAAGACUCAUAGAAGAGAAAAACUUUCGCCAACUCCUGAAAAAUCUCAAUUUGACGAGGAUCAGAAAGCUAAGAAGAAACACAAGUCGGGCAGGAGUCGGCAUCGUUCGCCAGAUAGUCGAGAAAUGUCGCCCCAAAGUCGAGAACACUCGGUUGAUAGUAACAAUAAAGACAGUGGGUCAUCUCAUAAACGAGACAGGACCGUGCGGGGCCGGAAGGGGUCGCCGCAUAGCGAGGAGCGCUUGACUCAGUCAAGUCAAGGAAAGCACAAAUCGUCUCAUAAGUCGUCCCGUAAUCGGGAGUUGUCGCCCGAAAGUCGGGAUGACUCUGCUCUGAAAGAACGUUCGCAAAGUCCGGAGAACGAAAAGUCGAAAAAGCGAAGAAAAUCAGGUGAAGUUAAGGAUAGGUCGAAAUAUAGCGAUGAAGAGGUAGCCGUGAAGGAUGAGUCUUCACGCAAGCACGGGAAGUCCCGGGAAAGCCGAAACAAAUCGAGAUAUAAUGAUGAAGAUGACGAUGAAGAAUCGUCUCGAGGUCGUGACAGGCCGGAGCGCAGUCGUGAUAGAUCGGGAAAAGGUCGAGAUAAAUAUAAAUCCGGAGAUGAUGAUGGCGUUGAAGAUACGCCUCGGAAACGCGAUAGAUCGAAACGAAGCCGAGAUGGAUCGGAGCGUAGUCGUGAUGGAUCGGAAGAAAGUCGCGAGAGUUCUGGCAGUCGGGACAGGUCGUCGAAGAAAGAAAGUCGAAAGCGAAAAGAGAAACGAGAUUCGGAUAAAAACAAACACGGAAGUGCUUCUGAGGAUUCCCCGGAGAAACAACGAAAAGCAAGGAAAAAGAACAGAGAUCAGAGUGAGUCGGAAGAUAGCGGAGAAAAACGAGAGAGUCGGAAGAAAGAAAAGACGGAUGAGACUCGGAAUAAAAACAGAGAUCGGAGUGAGUCGGGAGAUAACGACGAGAAACGAGAGAGUCGGAAGAAAGAUAAGUCGGAUGAGACUCGGAAUAAGAACAGAGAUCGGAGUGAGUCGGAAGAUAGCGGAGAGAAACGAGAGAGUCGGAAGAAAGAGAAGUCGGAUGAGACUCGGAAUAAGAACAGAGAUCGGAGUGAGUCGGAAGAUAGCGGAGAGAAACGAGAAAGUCGGAAAAAAGAGAAGUCGGAUGAGAAUCGGAAUAAGAAGAAAAAACGUAGAAAACGAAGUGAGAGUUCUUCAGAUCAUAGGUCGUCUGUAGAGAGCGAUGAACAGCUUGAACAAGACAGUAGUGAUAGUUCGUACAGCAGUCGGAGUCGAAAGAAACACAAGUCAAAGAAACGGAAGGAUAAAAAGGCGAAGGAGAGGGAUAGAUCAGCGAGUUCCCGAAGUUCCAGUCCCGAAGUGAAGAAAAGAAAGGGGGACAAGAAGGAACACAAGAAGUCGAGACACAAAUCUAGAUCGCCACACAAGAAAAGAACCUGACAUGCAGCAGACGGUGUAAAUGUAGAGUGAAUUUUUUUUAUUAUGUAAAUUGAAAAUAAAACAUCCUGUAGAAUUUGU